AUGAGAAUUUCCAAAUUGACUAAUACCCAGCUAAAUUGCAUAAAAAAUGCAAAGUAUUUUUUUAGUGGGUACUCAGGGAAGCAUGUUUCUGAUAAAGAUUUAGUCAAAAAAAACGAUGAUUGGUAUAUCGAAGAAACAAACUUUUGCUUGGGAAGAGUAACGAAAUUGCGAUUUUCGGAGAAAGAUGACAUGGCUAGAAGAGUUUUAAAAAUUAUGGAUAGCCAAAUAAGUAAAAUGUAUACAAGACUAAGAGACGGAACAGUUAUUCCAUAUAUGUCCUUUUAUUUAAACGAUGUAAUAGAUAAACCAGCCCCUAAUCAUCAGUUUAUUGAACAGCCACUAAUAAAAUGGACAUGGGAUGAAGCAUAUGAUGAAGCUUAUGAAGAAGAAUAA